UCGUAUAUAUUGCUACAAAACCCCACAGAAUCCACGGAAGUUCAAAACUAUUAUCCUCUCUGUUUCUCUCUAUAUUGCUAUCUGUGAAAAUGCCGGCGGCUGAUGGGAGGAGCAGGGUGGUGGUGCACUCAAAGCUGACGGUAGUGUCGAGCAGGCCGGUAGUGCCGGGGAAGGCCCACACGCUCACGGCACUGGACCAUGCAAUGGGACUGCACAGUCUCCACGUUGUUUUCUACUACAAGGAGCAGCUGUUCGGGUCUAUUGACUUGGACCCGCUCCGGGUCUCGCUCUCGGAGACCCUGUCUCUCUACCCGCAGGUUACGGGUCGGGUGGACAAGAACCCGGACGGGAAUUGGGAGGUGAAGUGCAAUGAUGCGGGGGUUCGGGUCUUGAUGGCCCGGGUGGGGACCACGCUUGAUGAGUGGCUGACAUCUGGGGAUGGGUCUGAGGAGAGGCUUUUGACGAUGUGGGAUGAUAUGCCUGAUGAUCACAGUAUCUGGUCGCCGUAUAGGAUCCAGAUAAAUGAAUUUGAAGGAGGAGGUGUAGCAAUUGGACUAAGUUGCACUCACAUGCAUGCUGACCCAACUUGUGCCACCCUACUCAUCAAGUCGUGGGCUGAGACUCACCGCCGAGAAGCGAUUUCACAUCCGCUUUUCGUCGACGAGUCAUCAGCCCUUGGGGGACGGCCCGUUGAUCAGGUCAUAAACAAAAAAUCAUCAGCUGCCUAUUAUGAAGCCAAGUCCGUGGCAUCAAAGACUACUUCCUUGCCUGUGAAGAAAAUGGGGACAGCCACAUUCAAGUUUUCCAAUUCCACGAUCAAGCGAGAACUAAACUCAUGCCCUGGUGCCACUCCAUUUGAUCUGCUUGCUGCAAUGUUUUGGACGCAAAUUGCACGCUUGAAGCCCUCGGAGAGCAAGACCAAACACUCCUUCUCAGUUUGCAUAGACUUUCGAAAGAAGAAGUCCUUCGGGUACUACGGCAAUGCCUUGCAUUUUUCGUUGCUUUCAGUACCGGAAGUGGAGCAAUUGGAGCGCGAGGACGGGCUGGCACACGUCGUAGGGGUGGUGCACCGCCAUGUAUCGAGUCAGAAGGAGGAGGACUUUUGGUCCGGAAUGGAUUGGUUCGAAGCACAAAAGGGAGAGGGAGAUAAGUUUGGAGAACCAUUUAAGCUGUAUGGCCCUGAGUUGACUUGUGUUAGCAUGGAGCACAUGCUGGACGAUUGUCAGCCGUUGAUGUAUGGAGUUAUGUUUGAGAAGGAGAAGAAACCAGUUCACGUGUCGUAUCAUGUGGGGAAUAUGGAAGGGGAAGGUUUGAUCAUGGUGAUGCCGGCGCCAGAAGGCGGGCUCGCAAGGACGGUUAUGGUGACAUUGCCGGAGGAGGAGCUUGCCCGAUUAUGUGAGGCAGAAGCUAUUUCGAGCCUUAACCCUACAAUGCUCCUAAGUGGGAGACAAGCUAUAUAAAAUUUUCUAUAGCAUUGAAAUACUUAUUAUAAUUGUAAGACUUUAUGGACUUUAAGAAUUGAAGAUUUCUCAAAUUUACAAUA